GCUGGUGCCGCCCCGUUCCGGUCGUUGGGAGUCUCUGCAGCUUCUGGCCACCCUUGAUGAGGAAGAUGCUCAAUGCGGUUUCGCGUGUGUUGUCGGGCGCCGCCCAGAAGCCGGCAAGCAGAGUGCUGGUUGCCUCUCGUAAUUUUGCGAAUGAUACUACAUUGGAAAUUAAGAAAUGUGGUCUUCAUCUGCUUGAAGAAGGUCCUCCUGUCACGACAGUGCUCACCAGGGAAGAUGGGCUCAAGUACUACCGCAUGAUGCAGACUGUGCGCCGAAUGGAGCUUAAGGCAGAUCAGCUCUACAAACAGAAGAUUAUCCGUGGCUUCUGUCACCUGUGUGAUGGUCAGGAAGCUUGUUGUGUGGGUUUGGAGGCCGGAAUAAACCCCACAGACCAUCUCAUCACGUCCUACCGUGCUCAUGGCUUUUGUUAUACUCGCGGGCUAUCUGUCCGAGAAAUUCUUGCUGAACUUACAGGACGAAGAGGAGGUUGUGCUAAAGGAAAAGGAGGGUCGAUGCAUAUGUAUGCCAAAAACUUCUAUGGGGGCAAUGGCAUUGUGGGAGCACAGGUGCCUUUGGGAGCUGGGGUUGCUCUGGCCUGUAAGUAUAAUGGAAAAGAUGAAGUGUGUUUAACUAUAUAUGGCGAUGGUGCUGCUAAUCAGGGCCAGAUAUUUGAAACUUACAAUAUGGCAGCUUUGUGGAAACUGCCUUGUAUUUUCAUCUGUGAGAAUAACCGCUAUGGAAUGGGAACGUCUGUUGAGAGAGCAGCAGCCAGCACUGAUUACUACAAGAGAGGCAGCUUCAUCCCUGGGCUGAGGGUAGAUGGAAUGGAUGUCUUGUGUGUUCGGGAGGCAGCAAAGUUUGCAGCGGCCUAUUGUAGAUCUGGAAAGGGGCCCAUAGUAAUGGAACUGCAGACUUACCGUUACCAUGGACACAGCAUGAGUGAUCCUGGAGUCAGCUACCGUUCAAGAGAAGAAAUUCAGGAAGUAAGAAGUAAGAGUGAUCCUAUUAUGCUUCUCAAGAGUAGAAUGGUGAACAACAACCUUGCCAGUGUUGAAGAACUGAAGGAAAUUGAUGUUGAAGUAAAAAAAGAAAUUGAGGAUGCUGCCCAGUUUGCCACUGCUGAUCCUGAACCACCCCUGGAAGAGCUCGGCUACCACAUCUAUAGCAGUGAACCACCUUUUGAAGUCCGUGGUACCAAUCAAUGGAUAAAGUUCAAGUCUAUCAGUUAAGGGGAAAUUGCAUCUAAUGGGUGGUUAUACCUUCACCCGGCUAUUCAACAACUGUAAGGAGGUCCUGUUUUCUCAGUUCUGUUAAGGAGGAAUUAAACAUUUGAAAAUUU